AUGGCCUCAGCCGGGGGCUUGACUCGCCGAAGAGGUGGCGGUCGAGUCGCUGGCGCAGACGAGAACGACGACAGCCGAGUCUCCUCUCCGAUCUCCAGAAAUGGCUCUUCCUUGGAUAACCGUAUCCCCGAGACGUCUUUCACCAGUACCGAGAAUGGUCACAAGAUCGCAUUCGACCCCAGAGACCUCAGCGAGACCGAGGAACGAAGCAAGCAGCCCAAGCUGACGCUGAUGGAGGAAGUACUACUGCUGGGGUUGAAAGAUAAACAGGGUUAUCUGUCUUUCUGGAAUGAGAACAUUUCGUACGCCUUGAGAGGAUGUAUUGUGAUUGAAUUGGCCCUCCGCGGUCGUAUUAGCAUGCAGAAGGAUUCUUCUCGACGGCGCUUUCCCCUGGCCGAUCGUGUGAUUGAAGUCGUCGACGAUACAUUGACUGGGGAGGUCUUGCUGGACGAGGCGUUGAAGAUGAUGAAGUCGAGCGAGAAGAUGAGUGUGAACUCCUGGAUUGAUCUCAUGAGCGGUGAAACAUGGAAUUUGAUGAAGAUUGGCUACCAGUUGAAGCAAGUGCGCGAACGUCUCGCAAAGGGUCUUGUCGACAAGGGCAUUCUUCGUACCGAGAAACGCAACUUCCUCCUCUUUGACAUGGCUACGCAUCCUGUCGCCGACGGCGGCGCGAAAGAUGACCUCCACCGUCGGGUGCGCAAUGUGUGCAGUAAUAGAACGGUCAUUCUCCCGCCUAACCAGUGGCUUCCUGAGGACUCUGAGUUCCGCUACCUUCGGACGAUCACGAUGGUAUGCGCAGCUUAUGCGGCGAACGUACUGGAAAACGCUCUUGUCACAAUGAGCCACGAGGCUCGGGAGAGAGCCUUUGCGCAAGUGGAUGAGUUACUGGCAGAGUAUUCCCAGUGGCCAUUUGCCCGGCGGGCGGGUGGCUCGCAAGCAAUUGGGGCUAAUUUGGCGGGAGCAAUCAACGAGGAGGUCACCAAGGCCAAGGACAGAGAGCUUCAGUUGGAGAUUGUUGCAGCAUGUUUGAGCGUUUUUACUAGACUCGAUUCCUUACUUUAG